CUUUGGCUCCCAGAAAAGCUGCAUACAUUUACAUCUGCAUAAUGAAUGCUGGUAGCCCUGCUCAUCAAAAGAAGACGUCUCUUUUCAGUCUGUGGCGGUCUCCAGUUGCAGCUGCUACUGGCUCCCCGAAGGCCAUUUCAUCAUCGUCGUCGCCUAAUCACUCUAGCAGUUGUUGCAGAGGGUUGAAUAAUUGUGAGAUAUUGAAUGCUACUGUUGUUUCACAAUCUCAUCAACUUUCGCCCAGGCAUAAGCAGCAGUUGGAAGAACUAGAAAUAGAGCUGGAGAAGCAGAAAGAACUGAGGGGAUUGUAUAAGAUGAGGAUGCAGAGAACACAGGACUAUUUAAGGUAUUGUCUGGAGAUAGCCCAAGAGAAAGGCUUCUUAAAUAGUAUUUUGAAUAAUUGUGAUGACAUUGAAGAAGAUACCAUCAAACCUUCGAUUCCCCCUCCUCCCCUGAGUAACCAUUCUGAUCUCUCAACUGUUGUGGAUCAAGCCAUGUCUAAUGGAUGGUACAUCGAGACACGUGAGAUUGAAUUGCAAGAGAAAAUAGGACAAGGAAGCACUGCAGAGAUAUAUAGAGGCAUAUGGAGGGGACUAGAUGUAGCAGUCAAAUGCAUAAGCCCAGAAUUUUUCGAAUCAAAUGAAAAUGGCAUCAGCUACUUUGCUCAAGAAGUGGAAACCUUGUCUAGACAAAGGCACCGUUUUGUGCUACACUUGAUGGGGGCGUGUCUAGACCCUCCAAAUCACGGAUGGAUUGUGACUGAGUUCAUGACCACAACGCUGAAAGAAUGGAUGCACGGCUCUGGAAAACGGAAAAAAGAAAGGACAGUGGAUCUUCCACCAUUGCCAGAGAGACUUAAAAGGGCGCUAGAAAUUUCCCAGGCCCUGCAAUAUCUUCAUGAACACAAGCCAGUGAUAAUCCACCGAGACUUGAAGCCUAGUAACAUUUUCUUGGAUGAUGCAUUUCAUGUCAGAGUUGCAGAUUUUGGUCAUGCUAGAUUCCUGACAGAUGGUCAAAUGGCACUCACUGGAGAAACAGGAACAUACGUAUACAUGGCGCCAGAGGUGAUAAGAUGCGAGCCUUACAAUGAAAAAUGUGAUGUAUACAGCUUCGGAGUUAUACUUAACGAGCUUAUCACCGGUGAUCAUCCCUACAUUGAGACAGAUUACGGUCCUUCGAGGAUAGCCUUAGAAGUUGCAGAUGGUAACUUAAGGCCUGCAAUUGCAGAGCACCAAAACGACCAAUUGCUCGAAGAACUCAACGAGCUCAUACAAAUUUCAUGGGAUGAGCAUCCUGCAAAUAGACCUUCUUUUCCAACAGUUACUCGUCGUCUCAGAGCCAUUCAGGAGAGUUUAACUAAUUACGAGCUUUAGCCAAAUUUCAUUUCUCAUAAUUUUUACACAUGAUUAUGUAGGACAUACUCUCGAUCAUCUCUUAAUACAGAAAACUUAUGUAUUAUUUCUAAGGUUACAUGCUAGAGAA